AUGCUGACGUCGGUAAAGCUAUUUUUAAGUUGUUAUGCACUUCACUGCUUUAAUUGUGUAUCAAGUUUGCCUUCAAAUAUCAGUCGAGAUGCACAGCAAGCUUUCAAAAUGAUACUUCAUUCAACAUAUUUGGUGCCACCUGUUGAUAAGUUAUGUGCUGAUGCACAAGUUUAUGAGUUCAAAAUGAUCAAGCAAAUUUCAUGCUCAUUAGGAGAUCAAUGUGUCAAAAUCUCAGUUUGGGAGAAAGGUUUAUUUGAAAAGCUACUUUUAUCGAUAUUAGUAAAUUCAUCGUUAAAAAACAGUUUUAAGGUCACUGCAAUCAAAAUCGCUCCGUAA